ACAACGGAGCUUCAACGGGCUCAGAAUAUAUUUCAAGAAUUUGAACAGAUGAAAAACCUUCUCCAUACGAUUCAGGGCCAGCUUCCUGUCAGCAACGCACAGACGCCUAUGACCACUCCAAGCGGGGAUAGUCAGCUGCCCGCCCACGACCCAACGCUCACCGCCAGAUCCGCCGUACGAAGGUUUGAAAAAGCGAGACUUCCAGACGUAGAAGUCUUCGAUAAGGGAACACACGAAGAAUACUCCCAAUGGAAAACCCGCGUACGGGCAAAGCUCUUCGCUGACCACCUUGCGUACCCCACGGAGGAAUACCAAGUACACUAUGUAAUCACUCGUACGAAAGGAUGGGCCUUUACCGCCCUUCAAGCUUACGUCACAGCGGUAAUGGAUAAACAAAAAGAACCAUCACUGAACGAGCUUUGGGUUCAACUAGACGGAUUCUUCCAAGACCCGACGAUCAAGCAAAAAGCUCUACAAUACCUUCGUACGACGAAGCAAGGUAAAGAAGAGUUUCUCCCUCACGUACAAGCAUUCAACUUGAAGUUCCACGAAGCGGGA